ACAAUGCAGGCUAACAGUGCUGAAAAUGUCGGUUCUGAAAGUACAAAUGAAAAAUCGGGAUGGACGGUUGGAUUAAUAAAUGGAAAAUUUAAGUAUCUUACAGCUGAAACUUUUGGAUUUAAAAUUAAUGCAAAUGGUUCAAGUUUAAAGAAAAAGCAGUUGUGGACUCUAGAAGGUAGUGAACAACAAGUUUAUCUUCGAUCUCAUUUAGAUCGGUAUUUAGCAGUGGACCAAUUUGGAAAUGUUACUUGCGAAGCAGAGGAUCCUAGUGAUCCUGGUUGUGCUUUUCAAAUACAGCUAGCUUCUGAUGGAAGUGGAAGAUGGGCUUUAAAGAACAUUCAAAGGGGAUAUUUCCUAGGUUCUAGUUUAGAUGAGCUUAAAUGUAUGGCCAAAGCUCCAAGUGAAGCAGAAUACUGGCUAGUACAUCUUGCUGCUAGACCUCAAGUAAAUUUAAAAUCAGCUGGAAGAAAACGUUUUGCUCAUUUAAGUGCAACACAAGAUGAAAUUCAUGUGGAUGCACCAGUUCCCUGGGGAGAAGAUACACUUUUUACUUUAGAAUUUCGUCCUUCUUCAGUAGAAGAUGAUGGACAAGAGCAUUCAAAAUUUGAUGGUGGUCACUAUGCUUUACAUACUUGCAAUAAUAAGUAUUUGGCACGUGAUGGAAAACUUUUGGAUUCUUGUACAAGAGAUUGUCUUUAUGCUGCUGAAUUUCAUGCCGGAUUACUUGCACUCAGAGAUUUAUAUGGAGCAUAUCUCGCACCUAUUGGAAGCAAGGCUGUUUUGAAGUCAAGAUCAACAACUGUAACCCGUGAUGAAUUAUUCUCUUUAGAAGAAUCAUUACCACAAGCUUCCUUUGUUGCUGCUUUAAAUCAUCGAUAUGUAUCAGUGAAACAAGGAGUUGAUGUAACUGCUAAUCAAGAUGAAAUUUCUGGACAUGAAACCUUUCAACUAGAAUUUGAUCGUGUAACUAAAAGAUGGUAUGUGCGUACUAUGCAAGAUCGUUACUGGAGUCUUGAAGCAGGAGGAGGAAUUCAGGCAUCAGAGCACAAACGCUCUUCUAAUGCUUUAUUUGAUUUGAUUUGGCAAUCGGAAGAUGGCACAGUAGCUUUACGUGCUAACAAUGGCAAAUUUGUAGCAACAAAACGUUCUGGUCACCUUUAUGCUAAUGCAGAUUCUGUAAAUGGAUUGGAUUCAGAUGCUAGCAAAUAUUAUUUCUACUUGAUGAACAGACCUGUUUUAGUACUACGUUGUGAACAAGGAUUUGUAGGACCUAAAAGCGCAACUAGUUUAAAAUUAGAAUGCAAUAAAGCUAUUUAUGAGACUAUCAGAGUAGAAAGAUUUGAACGUGGAAUUAUAAGAUUUAAAGGCCAAAAUGGUAAGUAUUGGCUUGCAGAUAGCGAAGGAGUAACCGUAGAUUCCGAUAUACCUUACGAUGGCCUGUACCUGCAAUUGCGAGAACCUUCUCGUAUUUGUAUUAAACAUACCGAUGGAAGAUAUCUUACUGCAGGAAAAAAUGGAGCAUUGCAUCUUGGAGAUACAGAUUAUGAAUCUGCUACAAAAUGGGAAUUUUAA